AUGGGCAGGAAAUCACAUCCCCGUUUUCGUAAGAUCAACUAUGAUCGAAAAAGAAAUGAGAACCCGGAAAGGAGAGAUUCGGACUAUACGAAAAUUGAAAUGAAGAAUGAAAGAUUCGAAGAGUACUACAAGGCCCAGAGGAUCCUGAACGACCAAGAAUUCGAGCAAUUUAUGACAUCUUUAAAAGUACCGCUCCCGUCCAGCUUCAGAAUUACAGGAAGUCGAAGGUGCGAACACCAGUCAGCGAUUGACUCAAGAGACCUAAUGUGA